UUCAUAUAUAAGUACGACCAUAACAUUCAGACAGUAUUAUUCAUAUCAAACUCAAGUAAUCAACAUGAUCGCUCAGGUAUUUCUCUUAUCCGCUUUAGCAACCAUUGCUCUGGCCCACCUGCAUGAAGCAAUUCACCAUGCACCCAAACCCUACAAAUUCGGAUACAGCAUCAAGGACAAACAUGGAGAACAACACAGAGAGGAAUCCGGAACAGGAGGACACGUGACUGGCAGCUACGGGUUCACAGAUGAUAGAGGCAUCAAAAGACAAGUAAACUACGUUGCUGACCAUGCUGGAUUUCGAGCUCAGGUCAAGACCAACGAACCUGGAACCGCCAAUCAAAAUCCAGCUGCCGUUCAACUGAUUUCCGAUGCCCCUUACACCGGUGGUGAAGGAUAUUUGGGUGUCCCUGCAGCAACAGCUGGAUACGGACUUGGUGGUCUAGGUUACGGUUACGGAGGACUUGGUGCAGGAUAUGGUGGAGCUUAUGGUGGAUAUGGAAAUCUUGGAUAUGCCGGAGCUUAUGGAGGUUAUGGACAGGGAAUCUUGGGAGGCUUAGGCUAUGCCAGAUAUGGAUAUGUAUUUCUCUUAUCUGCUUUGGCAACCAUUUCUCUUGCCCACUUGCAUGAACCAGUUCACCAUGCACCAAAACCCUACAAAUUCGGAUACAGCAUCAAAGACAAGCAUGGAGAACAACACAGAGAAGAAUCUGGAACCGGAGGACACGUGACUGGAAGCUACGGAUUCACAGAUGACAGAGGCAUCAAAAGACAAGUCAACUACGUUGCUGACCAUGCUGGAUUCCGAGCACAGGUCAAGACCAACGAACCUGGAACCGCUAAUCAAAACCCAGCUGCCGUUCAACUCAUUUCUGAUGCCCCUUACACCGGUGGUGAAGGAUAUUUGGGUGUCCCUGCAGCCGCAGCCGGAUACGGUCUUGGUGGUCAAGGUUACGGAUAUGGAGGCAUCGGAUCAGGUUACGGUCUUGGUGGUUUAGGUUACGGAUAUGGAGGCCUUGGAGCAGCUUAUGGUGGCCAAGGAUAUGGUGGAGCUUAUGGUGGAUAUGGAAAUCUUGGAUAUGGAGGAGCUUAUGGUGGAUAUGGUGGUUAUGGAUUGGGCAUCUUAGGAGGCUUGGGCUAUUGUGAACAUAUUUGUUUAUUACUGCAUUUUGAUCGCAUUGCGAUCGUUUUGAUUUAUUCAUAUAUAAAUACAACUCUCAUUUUCACACAGUACAAUCGUUUGAACAUUCUAGCAAUCAAUAUGAUCGCUCAGGUAUUUCUUCUGACUGCUUUGGCAACUAUUUCUCUUGCCCACCUGCAUGAGCCCAUUCACCAUGCACCAAAACCAUACAAAUUUGGAUAUAGUAUCAAAGACAAACACGGUGAGCAACACAGAGAGGAAUCCGGAACUGGAGGACAUGUGACUGGUAGCUACGGAUUCACAGAUGAUAGAGGGAUCAAAAGACAAGUGAACUACGUUGCUGACCAUGCUGGAUUCCGAGCUCAGGUCAAGACCAACGAACCGGGAACUGCCAACCAAAACCCAGCUGCCGUUCAACUCAUCUCUGAUGCCCCUUACACCGGUGGAGAAGGAUAUUUGGGUGUCCCUGCAGCAGUAGCCGGAUACGGUCUUGGAGGUCUAGGUUAUGGAUAUGGAGGUCUUGGAGCAGGUUACGGUGGUCUCGGAUAUAAUGGAUAUGGCGGAGCUUAUGGUGGAUAUGGAGGAGCUUAUGGUGGAUACGGAGGAGCAUAUGGUGGUUAUGGAUUAGGUAUCUUGGGUGGUUUAGGUUAUGCCAGAUAUGGAUAUUAAAUCAUGUAAUAGUUAUGCUAAUUAAGAUACUUGAAAAAUAAAUACUUUAAAUUAUUGAA